AUGGCAAACUUCAUACAAAGGUAUCUACUGAAAGAGACGGCGGCCGGCGACGCGCCUGCGUACAGACGGCUGGACGACGACGAGAAUGGAAAUGGAAACGUCGUCAGCAAGGAAGAACUCGGUCGGCUUUCUACCAACAGGUCAGUGGCGACGAUGCUGAGCUUCUUUACCUUGGGAUUUCUUGUGGCCAUGACCAUCAGCGCCACCAUUGUCUUUUUCGUGCCCGCCGGCAUGUACGCUGGUCUACAUUGCGCAGAAUCCUCGUAG